GUUUUUGUUUAUUUGGAUAAACAUCUUUAUUAAUUACAUGUUGAUAUGGCUACAACAGCCAAAUUCCCCAAAAUUAUAUGUCGAGUAAAGGCAUUGUAUGCUUUCUCUUCAACAGAAAAAUCAUCUUUAUCUUUUGAAAAGGGCGAAUUUAUUGAUGUCCUGUCACAGCUUGACUCUGGUUGGUGGGAUGGUUGGUGUAAGGGCAACCGAGGAUGGUUUCCUAGCAACUAUGUUCAAGUCGUUGAAGUAAAUCCCGAGUUCACCAAAAAUAAAAACACACCCAACAACCUUAAAUAUCAAGAGCAUGAAAGCGAUGACAGCGAAGAAGAAGGCAGAACAAUUAGUUUGAUUCAAAACAUGAACAUAUCACGACCAACUUCGCUCACUCUGCCUCAAGCAAGAAGCAAUGAUAGGAAACAUAAACACCCAAACUAUGUCAAUUCGCCUGCACCUUCUUAUCCUCAGGAAGAGGAGCAAGAAACAGAACAUUUACCCGAGGGCUGGACACUUCAGAUAGCUGACGAUGGUCUAACUAAAUUUUACUUUAAUCAACAUACGGGUGGUUUGCGUUGGAAUCACCCUGGAAUCUCAGAUUCAGAUGACGAGAACUACACAAGUGCAGAUGAGUAUGAACAACAGCACCACCAGCGCCAGCAUCAGCACCAGCAUCAGCAUCAGCAUCAGCACCAAACAUACAAACACCCACUCGAGAAUUUUGAUGAUUAUAACGAUUUUGGAAAAACUUCGAGACAAAGCAAACAUGACUCUUUUAAACCACCAGACAUCAAAGAAAAACAACUAAUGGACUAUUGGACUAAGCGUACAACACCUCAAGGAAAGGUUUAUUACGGAAAUUCAAUCACUCAUGAAACAACCUGGAACUAUGAUGAUAUUGAUCCUGCUACUGGUCGCUUGAAAAAAAAUGAAUCAGAUAUCGAAACGAAAACUGAGGAAAAUGAUACAGCAAAAGUUGAGGAGAAUUCAAAUAACCAAAAAGACAACAAUACGCUAGCUUUAGUUGGAGAUGAAGAUGUUCCAAUGACUUGGAAAAGUAUUGCUAUUGAAAUAGCACAAGCUGUACAAAAUCUGAACAAGGUAGUUUCACAAGGUGGAAGUUCUAUGGUCUAUCGACAAAAAAUAGCUGUAGUUGUCGAUGCUGUCCGCCUCAUGCUUUACUCUUCUCGAUCUAUGGAUAAAGAUGCACCACACCUGCAAGAUCCUGAAGUCAAAGAACCACUGCGUGUUGUCUUAUCUUCUUUGGCUAAACUUAUCUUAUCCGCCAAAGUUAUUAACGAUUCAAACUUGGAUAUAAAUAGUAAAGUACAACGUGAUGCUGGGGAUGUCUUGAACGCUGUUCGAAAGUUCGUAUUGAUCUGUCAAACAAAGGAAAUCAAAAUUGAGCAAAUCAACCCGAAAUUCAUCUUGCUCCAUGCAGAUAUUUACCCUGAUAGCUUGGAGGAAGGGUCAGAAGGUAGAAGAAAGAGUAGUACUAUCUCUACAGUACCAUCAACAACACAGAAAAACAAGUAUCCUCUCAAUCAAGACUUGAUUGUCAGUUUACAGACACACGCAAAGCAGAUUGUAGGUUCUACUGACGCCUUAUGCAAAGCAUCUGCCUAUAUCUAUACAUUAGAACAAAAGAAACAAGAUCCAGAAUCAAAUUCGUCUGAAGAACAAUAUGUUACAUUGGAUACAAGAGCAAGAUCAAAUGUCAUUUUACUCUUCCAAAAUCUAUCUUCACAGAUUGGAGGCUACCUUGCUAUCCUGGGCGAUAUUGACAUCAGCCAUAUUGACUCUACUCAAGUGCAGUCUUUACCUGAAUUUCGUAGCAACAAACAAAAGUUAUACAACUACAUUGGAUUAUUGUUUAGCGCUGUUCAACGAUUGACAGACUCGCAAAAUGAUUUAAUGGUCUGUGUAACUACAGUAGAAGAAAUCGUUGGAAAAGUAGAGGAUGCCAUUGAAAGCAUUUUCUCAAAUAUUGUCCAAAUGGUUGGUGAACGCAAGAUUUGGUUAAUGAGAAAUGGUGAAGGUGGUAAUAUUCAAGACAGCAACAGCCCUCGUUCUCCUGUUCAAGCUCAAUUUGAUACAGAUAUCAAAAAGGGUCGACCUCAUCGUGGAAGUAUCAAUGAGUCCGAUAACAGCUCAGUGGAAGGACCCGGAACACCUAUGCUUAACCGUAUCUACAAUCGACAGGGCAAUAACCAAGGUCAACAAACAUCUCAGCAUAGACCGUCCAUUAGCACAAAUUCACAAAGUCCUUCUUCUUUGUCUCGUCCAUUGGAUAGCAAGGCACUUAAGCGUCAAUUUAGUUUUGGUCAUGGAGCAAGUGCUCAAGAAGACAGACCUCAGUUCUGGUUCUUAGGAUAUGAUUAUGCUGAAGGCGAUAUUGAAUUUACCCAAGAUAAGAGUAUCAAGGGUGGUACAUUGCGUGCCCUUGUAGAGCGUUUAACACUUCACGAUUAUAUAGAUAUGAGUUUUAUUGCAAACUUCUUAUUAACAUACAGAUCUUUUUGUACAACCAAAGAGUUUGUCGAUCUGUUACAAGAACGUUACAACUUGGCACCACCUGAAGAAUUAACACCUGACGAACUGGAAAUCUGGACAGAUAAGAAACAAAAGCUUGUCCGACUUCGUGUCUUCAAUGUCAUGAAAAACUGGCUUGAAAAUUAUUACAAUGAUGAAGAUGAAUUUAUUCUUGAUGAACUUCAAAUGUUUGCCAACACAGUUAUUUGUGAUUCCUCUUCGUUUUCUGCCGAACAGUUAAACCGUUUGAUUCGAAAGCGAAGAGAACUAGAUGCCAAUGGUGGGGGUCUCAAGAAGCUUAUUCCCAAUACAAUGUAUGGUCCUAUACCUAUUAUGCCUAAAAACAUGCAGCACAUUAAGCUGUUGGAUACAGAUCCCUUGGAACUUGCUCGUCAAUUGACCAUUUUGGAUUUCAAGCUUUAUAGUUCUAUUAAACCUAUUGAAUGCCUCGGUAAGGCAUGGUCUAAAGAUGACUCUGAUGCAGUGAAUGUGAAACAAUCUAUUGAUUAUUGUAACCGUUUGACGGCUUGGGUCACUGGUAGCAUCUUGAAUAACAAGGAAGCCAAGAAACGUGUGGUUGUGAUUAAGCAUUGGGCACAAGUCGCUAAUCGCUGCCUUGAAUUAAACAACUAUAAUACAUGUAUGGCUAUUCUUUCUGCCUUCGAUAAUAGCGCAAUUGGUAGAUUGAAAAAGACCUGGGAACUUGUCAGCAGUCGUACAAGUAAUUCUCUUGCCCAAAUCAGAAAAUUGAUGGGCUCUAAUCGAAACUUCCAAGAAUACCGUAUCAUGGUUCACUCUGUAAAUCCACCCUGUAUCCCAUUCUUGGGUAUUUAUCUUCAGGAUUUGACAUUCAUUGAAGACGGUAAUUCAGAUUUCCUCAAAACUUCCAACAGCUUGAUCAACUUUGCUAAACAACAGAAGUCUGCAGAAGUGAUUCGUGAAAUCAAACAGUUUCAAUCACCACCUUAUAUUUUCCAAUACGUACCUGAAAUUCAAGACUACAUUAAAUACCAGCUAGAAACCAGUAGAGAUGUUGAUUUCUUGUACGAAAGAAGUUUAGAACUUGAGCCUAGAGCAACAGCAAUUGAUAGCACAGCAUAAGAGCAAUAAUGUAAGAAUAAGGAGCUGUGCCUUUUCUUAUUGAAUUAUUUUUUGUAUCAUAUAAAAACUUUUUUUUGUAAGACUAUUUCUCGAGAAAUAAAGAAUACAAUUAUGCAAGUUUUAAUUGUUA